GGCUUGCGCUUCUUCUCCCACCCGCGCGCGCCUUUGCAGGAUGGCUGGCUUUGUUGAUGCGCAGCAGCUGAGCUGCAGCUCCCGCUUUCGCCGGGCGCGCGCGCCUUAAAGCAGCGAGGAGUGCCUGGGGGGCCGCCGGGUUAGUCCAGGAAGAAAAGAAGGAGAGGCGCGUCUUUGCAUAAGCGAUGGAUCCCUUCAGCUUUGGGAACCCCUUUGGUUAUGCCGAGCUCUUGAGAGCGCAAGGGAAUCAAGACUUCAAAAAUGGAAACUAUUCUCUUGCCAUCAGAAAGUAUGACGAAGCAAUAAACGUACUGGUUUAUUUACACCAAGCAGCAAGGGUUUCUCAUCCGCGAGAUGUGGCAGUUUUACUCUGCAACCGAUCAAAUGCCUUCUACAACUUAAAUAAAUGGGGAGAAGCCUUCUGCUCAGCAAGAGAGAGCCUCCAGUGGGAUCCAACUUACGUUAAGGGGUACUAUAGAGCUGGCUACUCCCUGAUUAAAUUGAGACAGCCUCUCGAUGCUGUUAAAAUGUUUUAUGAAGGUUUAGCCCACCUCCAUGGUUCAUCAGAUGUGGGUCAAAUUUCUGACUUUAUAGUCGGUAUCUUCUCAAGCGUUAACGAUGAAAGGACUAUUACCCCAAAUUUAUUAUCCGUCUGUAAAAAAAUUGUGAGCGAUAAUUUCGUUCCACCAAUUUGGCAACAAGUGAUUGAAAAGCUGGCCAGAAAAGGACUGUGGCAGUCUUGCCUAUUGUUGGCUGCUGAGAAAGACCGGUUGCCAAGGAAUCUGCAAGUGACCAAUUUAUCACUAAGAGAGCUGUUUGAGAAAUAUGUUCUCUUUGGCCAGUAUGAAAAAAUGGAAAGGGUGCCCAAACUGGUGGAGUGGCUUGUCUCCCUUGGAGCAAAUAUAAGAAGUGUUGGAACCUAUCCUCUUCAUGCUAUCAUCAUGCUUUGUAUCAAAGCAAAUGGAAAUCACCUUUUCCGAUGGUUAUUGAAUACUAAGCCUGAACUGAAGGAUCUCAUCAACCAGCAAAAUGAAGAGGGAGCCACAGUUCUCCACGUUGUAGCAUCCCUCUCACCUGGAUAUCCUUUGAAAAAUCUGAUAGAAAAUGUUGUGAUGCUUCUAAACGCUGGGGUGGAUCCAAAGAUCUGUGAUGCCCAGUCAAGGUCUGCUAUGGAUAUCUUGAAAAAACACAAGAAGUUCAGGGUUAUAGAUAUAAUCAGCAAGCACAUGGAAAGAUGUAAUCUACACCGGGAUGAGUCACCAGAGCAGACUGAAUGCACGCCCCCUGCAGACAACGUUGCCUUGCUUCAUGAUGCUUUUGAGCAGUUUGUGAAGUUUUGUCGUUCGGAAAACAGAGUUCAUAACAUCAAAGUAUUGAGGCAUGAAAAAGUUCAGAGGCUCCUGAACCUGCUGAAAUCAGUAAGAGAAAUUCCCGAAGAAAUAGUUUGUGACAUUCCUCCUGCAUGCGCCAGCAGUUUCAUAAAGCUGUUGCUGGAGAAGCAAAAGUGGCAUGAAGUUAUGCUGUUGCUGACCCGAAAAACCUCAGGGAAUAUGGCAUUGGGAGACUGCCUUAUGAAGAACUGUAAUCUUUCGGAUGUUGACAUUGGCACUGUCUUGAAAGAUAUGAACAGGUCAGAUGGGCGGCGGCUACAUCUUGUGAGAUGCUUGAUCCAGGGGGGAGCGUCACCUGAGGGGAGUGGAGCAAGCCAUGAAAAACCACUUCAGAAAUGUCUGAAGAGCAAUGAUUUUGAGCUGGCAUAUGUGCUCCUGAGCUGUGGUGCAAAUCCACGCCAUAUAUCCAUGGUAGAAGGCGAUACCCCUUUACAUGCUGCGUUGUCCAUUUAUUUUGAUAAGAAAGAUGAGAACGGCUUACAUUUAUUGAGUCACCUUCUAGAAUUGUACGAUUCAGAUCCAUCCACAUUUUCGUAUCUUAGUCCCAAUAGGCAAGACAAGAAUGGGAACACAGUCAUGCACAUUAUUUUUCAGAAAAACCUAACAAAGCAUGUUAAGAAAAUGUUAGGCUUGCUUGCAAAGUUUGAAAUUAACUUGAAUUUAAAAAAUAAAUCUGGCAGAGAUGUGCGUCACAGAAUUAAAAAAAACGAUCCAAUGCUUAUAGCUUGGAAUGAAGCUGUGGCUGAGAACAAGAAGAGGUCCCGACAUGAUGCAACAGGGCAUCAAACUAAAAUACCGAAAUCCACUUUGGCUUGCGGCAAGUCAGAGUCCAAAAAUUCAACCCAUUCUUCAGCUGCACAGUCAUCCAAAAUGCCGCCUGAAGAACUGCCACCAGACACAGAACUUAAUCUAUGUGGUGUUUCCCAUGAAGAGGAAGAGGCAGAAGUUGCUGGAGUUCAAAGUUCAUCUUUCAGAGAUAUCAGUAAGCCAUUGACUCUGCGAGAUUGCCUUGUACAAGCAAUCACACAGUUAAUCCAAAGACUUGAACUGAAUGAAGUCUCAACAAAAGUGAACUCAGUGGCAUCCCAAGUAGUGAAGCAGCCACCUUCUAUGACUAGGAUUGCAGAUCACAAGAGUGAAGACCGGCAGGCAUGUGCCCACGAGGCUUAUAAUGCUGGCCCAGACCAAGAUGAAUUGGGGGAGAAGGCACAGAAUGAGCUUGAGAAGGCCACAGCAGAAGAGGAAGAGGACGCUGAAGUCAAUAGAGAGCUUCAGGAAAUUGAGACGUCCCUUCAGGACUUUGAUAAUAUGACAUGGGAAAUUGAGUGCACCUCUGAGGUGCUUAAGAAAUUAGGAGACAAAAGCUUCCCUCACCAUAUGAAGAAGAAAGUAGUAUUGGCAAUUCAGCAGCUAGGAAAUGGUGAAUGGACCCAAGGUUUACAAAAGAGGCUGAAACAUUUGAAAGGUGACAUUCAGCUCUACGAGGCAAAGUUGGACAAAGGGGCCAGGCUGCUUUGGGAGCUUGCCAUAGACUUUUCUCCUCGCUGUAGCGAGGCUGCGGAAAAGAUAAUAGAGAAUGAGAAUUCCACACAUCCCACAGAAAAAACUGGGAGGGUUUACACAGAAAUCAUUAGGAUAUGGGACAUUGUGCUUGAUCACUGCAAACUCAACCGAGCCAUUGACCGCGCAAUUGACCGCGCUGUUGACCUUGCUGCGGACCGUGCCGUUAAGCUUGCUGUUGAAAAGAUAUGUAAAGCAUACAAUCGUGGGCUGUCCUGUAUUUUGAGGAAAAAGCUUAAAGGUAUCAAUGCCACUCCAAUUUCUUCUAACUUGAAUUUACAAAAGCGCAUCCCUCGCAUAUAUGUUGAAGAUACUAAGCCAGAAAAGUCAAAAGAUCAUGUCCUGCCUGAAUACUUUCCCCCAGCUAGUGCGGUGGAAACGGAAUACAACAUAAUGAAAUUUCACAGUUUCAGUACUAACAUGGCACUUAAUAUCAUCAGCGACAUGACCACUGCUGUUGAAUACCCCUUCAGAGUGGGCGAGUUAGAAUAUGCAGUCAUUGACUUGAACCCCAGACCAUUGGAGCCAAUCAUCUUAAUUGGACGGAGUGGAACUGGGAAGACUACUUGUUGCUUGUACAGGCUUUGGAAAAAGUUUUAUUCCUACUGGGAGAAAGCAGAGUUGGCUGGAGGUCCCUUGCUGGUCAGACAGACGUGGCACAGAUUGAAAUUUAACAUGCAUUUUGAAAACAGCACUGAGGAGGAAGAUAGUGAAAAGCAAGAAGGCAGCGACCCCACUGAUUCAUCUGAACUGGAAACAUCUUUAAGUACAGAUGAGCAAGAGCAGGAUGAAGACGACCAGGGUUCAAAUCUAGGAGACCCAGAAAUGAAUUUACAAUAUGACUCUGAUGAGGAGCCUGCUGCAGAAGAAACUGACAAACUGGAACACUUGCAUCAGAUCUUUGUUACUAAAAACCAUGUUCUGUGCCAAGAAGUUCAGAGGAACUUCAUUGAGCUUAGCAAGUCUUCAAAGGCAACUAGUCAUUUCAAGCCCCUUGAAGCAAAUGUUCACCGACUUCAGGAUGUUAAAGACGAAAAUUUUCCUCUCUUCCUCACAUCCAGACAAUUGCUGCUCUUCCUUGAUGCCUCUAUGCCUGAACCAUUUUUUCUGAGAAAUGAAGACGGAAGUCUCAAGCGCACCAUUGCUGGAUGGUCUACUAAAGAAGAUCUCGCCAUGUCAAAUUGGCAGGAGGAAGAGGAAGACGUUGACAUUGAAGUAGAUUAUGAUGAGGAUGAAAAGGUUGCAGAAGUCCAUAUUAGAGAGAGUGAUCCUCGAGUCUUUGUGACUUACGGUAUAUUUGCUAAUGAAAUCUGGCCCAAAAUGGUAAAAGGCAAAUGCCCCUACAACCCAGCGUUAGUUUGGAAAGAAAUAAAAUCUUUCUUGAAAGGGUCUUUUGAGGCUUUAAGCAGCCACCAAGGCAUACUUACAGAAGAGGAAUACAAAAAACUAGGACGGAAGAGAUCCCCAAACUUCAAAGAAGACCGUAGCGAAAUUUAUCAACUCUUCAGCCUUUACCAACAAAUAAGAUCACAAGGAAAUUAUUUUGAUGAAGAAGAUGUCUUGCACAAAUUGUCUCAAAGACUCUUAAAGCUCAGUGAUCUACCAUGGUGCAUCCAUGAGCUUUAUGGGGACGAAAUACAGGAUUUCACCCAGGCAGAGCUAGCAUUGUUAAUGAAAUCCAUUGAUGAUCCGAAUGCGAUGUUCCUGACUGGCGACACAGCACAGAGCAUUAUGCAAGGAGUUGCUUUUCGUUUCAGUGACUUGAAAUCACUUUUCCACUAUGCCAGCAAAAACUCUGCUGACAAGAAACAGAGUAUUGUUAGGAAACCAAAAAGGAUAUACCAGCUUUAUCAGAACUACCGGUCUCAUUCAGGUAUUCUCCACUUGGCCUCGGGAGUUGUUGACUUGCUUCAGUACUAUUUCCCAGAAUCCUUUGAUCGUCUUCCUAGGGAUUCAGGCCUCUUUGAUGGGCCCAAACCCACCGUCUUGGAAUCUUGCAGUGUUAGCGAUCUGGCAAUUCUGCUGAGAGGAAACAAAAGAAAAACACAGCCUAUAGAGUUUGGAGCGCAUCAGGUGAUUCUUGUAGCAAAUGAAAUAGCAAAGGAAAAGAUCCCUGAGGAACUUAGUUUAGCUCUUGUGCUAACAAUUUACGAAGCAAAAGGCUUGGAAUUUGAUGAUGUGCUCCUUUACAACUUUUUCACAGAUUCAGAGGCUUACAAAGAAUGGAAAAUAAUUUCUUCUUUCAAACCUCCCUCUCCUUUACCUGAAGAAACCAAAAUGGUCAUUGAAACACCCUUGGAGAAAGUUGCUGAUGCUCAAGGAAAACUUCCUGUUCUGAAUCCAGAAAUGUACAAGAUGCUUAAUGGAGAGCUAAAGCAGUUAUAUACUGCUAUUACAAGGGCCAGAGUCAAUCUGUGGAUCUUUGACGAAAACAGUGACAGACGUGCGCCUGCAUUUCGAUAUUUCAUCAAGCGAGAACUUGUUCAGGUUGUCAAAACAGAGGAAGAUAAAGAUUUCGAUGACAGCAUGUUUGUUAAAACUUCAACUCCAGAAGAGUGGAUUGCGCAAGGAGAAUAUUAUGCAAAGCAUCAGUGUUGGAAGGUGGCUGCUAAAUGCUAUCAAAAAGGAGGAGCAACUGAGAAGGAAAAACUAGCCUUGGCACAUGACGCUGUGCUUAAAGUACAGUCAAAGAAAAUGAACCCCAGAGAGAAGCAAAUGGAAUAUAUGGAACUGGCUAAAACUUACCUAGAAUGUGAUGAACCAAAUUUGGCUCUCAAAUGCCUAAUCCAUGCCAAAGAGUACCAGCUUUGUGCACAACUUUAUGAAAAAUUAGGAAAGGUGAAAGAAGCGGCAUAUUACUAUAAAAGAGGACAAUACUACAAAGAUGCAUACAGAUGUUUUGAGCAGAUGCAAGAGUUUGAUCUAGCACUUAAAAUGUGUUGCCACGAGGAGCUGUAUGAAGAAGCAGCAAAAUCUGUUGAAAGAUAUCAAAAGAUGAUGAGAAAAGAAGGACUGCCAAUUUCCAAACUUUCAUACACAGCAAACCAGUUUUAUUUGGAAGCUGCUGCCAAGUACCUGCGCACAAACAAGAUGAGUGAAAUGAAGGAGGUGCUGUCUCACCUUGACACUGAAGACCAGCUUGUGUUUUUGAAAACGCACAAAUGCUUUGCUGAAGCUGCUGAGCUGUUGAAGAGGGAAGGCAAAGAUGAAGAAGCUGCAAAGUUGAUGAUGCAGCAUGGCUUUGUACUGGAAGCAGCCAAGCUCACUAACCAAAAAGAGUUCCGAGCAUCGUGUCUGCUUGCUGCGGCUCGCCUUAGUGUAGCAGGCAUUUGUAAGGUGGAGAAUGUAAGAGUCAUCUUGAGCGAAGCCUUGGAUCUGUUUCAGCGAACAGACCAAAAGUCUGGUAGUGCAGAGACUACCUACUUGAUAGGACUUUUAGAGAAAGACUUCUAUACAUUGGAGAAGGCCUUUGGAAUGUUUUUGCGUGUGAAUCACAGUGCGGGCGCUGUGGAAGCUCUGUUUGGAGCAACAAGCUGUGAUGUCAAGAGUGAGGCCAUCUUGCAAUUAACAUCCUAUGGAAUCGAAGCCCUUCUAAAUCUGGUCAAAGCUUUCAAAAAAGCAGGCACCAAUGCCGAGAAGGAAAUGGUGAAGUCGUGUUUUGAAUACUUUGGAAUUGUGCUGAUAGACGGGAAAAAUUGUCAGGUCUCCCAGAACGAAGCCGGCUGUAUUCUAGAACAUUUCUCCGAGAGUUACAACCAGAGAGAAAAGAGAACAAGCGAUCAGCUCAGUGUAAGCCUGGAAGAGGUGAAAUCUGCACUGAAUAAACAUUUGUUGAAUAGGCUUACUGCCAUUAUUCACCAUUUACAUGGUCUGAGCUUCCCAAAUAUUUGCACAAAGUUUAUUGCAGGCUUGAAUUGUGAGGACAAAACCUGUGAGGACUUCCAUAGCGCUCUGUUACGCCACGAGAUAAAAUCUAUAUUUCAAUGUAAAAUGCACCUGGCUGCAAUAAAUGGGCUACUGUUAGAAGCCAAGCAAGUGUUCCCAAAAGAUUUGCUUCAUGAACCCAAUGCCAUUGAUGAGCUAUUGACCGCUGAUAAGUAUGCACUGUGCAAAUCUCUUAUCAAUGCAAUAUUUCCCAAGCAUUUCCACCUGAGGAUGGUAUCUGACAAUCCAGUGGCAUGCAAACAGAUCCUGAGCCAUUAUCACUUCAGUCAUAAAAAUUCUAAUCCUUGCAGGAUGGUUCUGAGAGAAUGCAUCCGGUAUGAAUUUAGAAACGAGACGGCCCAGAACAGGAGAGAAUCGACGGAUCUGUGGCUGAGAAUGAUGGAGGUCUUUGCCUUUACUUCCACUUACCCUGAAGAGUUUGAGAGACUCCUUUCCAAAGAAGAAGAUGACUAUAAUAGAGAACUGAAGAUGGCGGAUGAAAGGGGGAGAGGGAGAUCCAAAGGCAUAGAGGGCAGAUAUGGAAUGCUGCUGCCUGAUAAAUAUGCAGGGAAUGCUGAAAGCACAUACUUGUGUUUCAUCAGACUCUUGCAGGAAUCCAUGGACUCGCUUUACAUUCACAGAAACCUUGAGCAGUGCAGGUGGUUUUUUUAUCGUUUCAUGAAUGUCUUGGUGAAGAAAUGUGUUGACCCUUUAAUUCCAAGCAUAGGGAACACUGUGGCUUUGCUGGAAUUUCAGUUCAUCCUGUGUUGUGCUGUCCUCAUGCACCUCUGCAAAACCAUGACUCUCUGCCUUCCCAAGAGUUAUAUUGCCCUCUUCCAUUAUUGGGACUAUUUAUUCGCAAGAGGGGACCGAUAUAAAGACGCCUUCACCUUUUCUGUCAUACAAGAGUAUAAGCCACAGGACACAAAGCAAGCCAUAAAUGAAUUUAAGCUUCACCUGAGAUAUUUAGCCAAUGUUCUGUGUGGGUAUGAAAACUUCAAUGUACUCUUUGAUGCUUUUGGUGACCUUGGCUUCAUCAUGUCUGGGGAAGCUGAGCGCACUGUGGUGCUUUGCUUAGUGAUGUGGGUGAAUGCUGAUCAAGUGCUUGGUUGGAAAUAUAAAGAUCUUUUAGCCAAACAUUUCCCCACCCUCCGAGAAAACCUUGCAGAACUGAAAAGGGACUACCCUUCUAAGGUGCCUGAAAGAUUGAUUAAGAUUGUGGAUCUGAUGAGUGAGAAUUCCAGUGUUAAAGAAGUAGUCGAUGGCCUCAAGGAGCUGCUGUUUUGUCGAGAUGCAGAGUUUUUAGCGGACUGUUGUUGGAGGUGGGACCCUAAAGGAACAAGGAUUACUAAGUAUGAGAACAACAAACCUGUCAGAGGUAUCUAUUUUAAGGUUGCUGACUUGGACAGAUUUGCAUAUCUGAGCCAGGCAAGGAAUUUCGAAGAGGCAGAAAUAGAUCUUGAAAAGGACAUGUACAUUGAAGAGAGAGAAGACCCAUUAGCCAAUAUAGCAUUGAUAAGGCAGCAGAAGCAACAGCAAAAAGCUUCUGCCAAGCGGAAGCUGCGGGGCCUUUUCUUGUUUGUCUACUGUUGCAUUAGAUGGAAAAGGAUUUCCUCUUCAAAGCAAGAAUCCCCGGAUAUGACAUCGGGAGUCUUCAAAAAAGCAGACAUUGACCCAACACAGUGUGACCUUUGUGGAGUCAAAUUUAUCCAAAGGCCUACAAACUUUGCUGCUCAGACAGAACCUUCUGAAAAAGAACCCACAGAAGUGACAACGCCAACUGAGGCAGACUGGGAAGAGAACAUGGACAGAAAUGAAAUUUUUGCUGCUGGUGAAACUUUUGAAAAUCACAUCAUCCUGGACGAACAUGGAAAUAAUUUUGCCUCUUACCAGAGGUAUUUUGAGUUUUUCAGAAUUAAGGUGGAGCCAUUAAUCCGAAAGGGGGUGGAUGUGAUGGAAAGUAUUGCCGAUAACACGUGCAUCAAAGGCCACUUUGCAUCCAAUGAGCAAUCUAAUCUCAUGCAAAAUAGAAUCCAAGCGGCUAUUAAGAAGAUUUCUGAUAUGGUGGAGGACAUCUAUAGGAGAAAGGCAUGGGCUGAUGCUGAAGAAACCAUGUCCAAGUUGGCUAGCAAUUUGAAUUCUAAUUUAGACAAAGCUUCUAAUUGGCUGAAGGAAACAGAGUCCCGCCUACUCAAGGAGGAAGAGUUUGACCAUGACAAAGACUUGGACAGUGAAGUGAAAUGCGAAGAGGACACUUUUGAAGAGCUGCACCCCAAGAAGCCCUCAAGAAAGAUGAUGAAGAGAAGCAGAAAAUAAUUAAUAAUAAUAAUUAUUAUUUUUAAGCUGAGGUUUAUUCCUCCCUUGAUUCGAGUUGUGAAACCUGCCAACAAAGGUUCCCCCCUUAUAGUAACUUGGAUAGAAGGUUAGCAGUCGGCUUAUAGUCAUUUAGGGUUGGGUGUUUUUUUUUAAGUACUCGAAGAAGCUUAAAGUAGAAUAGAGUCAAUUCCACAACCAGGAAAGAAUCUGGAGCAACAUAUCUGGCAGGGAGUCCCAUGUCCCUGCUGGUACAUAAAGUGGUUGGGAGAGGACACAAUUCAACUCAGAAGUGGUAGGAGGGGUAGAUGCUUAGGUUUUUUUGGCUCAUCUCCUACUUUCCGCUGUAACUCUUCCCUACCACCACCAGUGUCCUAGAUGGAUAUUGGUUGCAUUAAGGGGAAAACAUGUCUUCCUAUUUCCUGUUCCCCGAUUUAAAAUUGCACCUUCCCUCUGCUGCUUUGCAGUUGCUUGGCAAAAGUCCAGCUUUUGAAAGCUCCUGCCAUUGUUAGAUGUGUCGUUCUACCUUUCAAAGCCAAUGCAUAAGCGAUUAGGAGUGGAGGGAGAGAGAACAAUUUCCCCCCUUCCUUUCUCAUCUUCUUUACCUUCCAUUUUUAAAUAUGUGCCUACAAGCUGGGCUAGGAACAUCCUCAACAACAAGAGAGGUUUUUUUCGUGUUUUUUUUUUAGUUUCAUAGAAUUUUAACUUUUGCAGAAUGUUCAGAAAUACCUUAUGCAAGUGAGAAGCAGCUGCGAAUUUGUGAAGCUCAGCCUGUUCUUCCUUUCCUGGCGUCUCCUGGAAACUGCAAGGAAUAAUGAGAGUGCUCAUUUUUCUUGCAAACUUAACUUUGAUAUCAACUGUUCUCCUACAUGUUUCAGAAAAGAUAAUCUUUCUCUAGAGUUUCAUUAUGGUUUGUAUGAAUUUUAAAGAGUUUUUUUAUACUUUUGCAAUUCAAAAAAAUAAAAUGCAGCAUUGUACUAUUUUAGAAAACAAAACAAAACAAAACAAAUGUUGGUGUUUAUAACUUACUUGUGCCUUUUUUCUACAGAGGUUGUAAAAUCAGUUUUAGAGAGGCGUGACCCACGAGAGAGGAAUACUUGCAUGCUUUUUUCCAAAGUGCUUGUGUGAAUUGAAUGUGUACUGUUGAAAAGGGGUGGGUGGCUUGAAGUAUAUCAUGAGGAUUUCUGACUCCCAACUUGGAAACAACAGCAUUGCUUUUCGCCCCCUUCCCAGUUAUUCUGCUGAAAUGAAGAAAGUGUGGCGGGGCAGGGGCAUAAAGAACAGGUGCUGGUGUGGAAACAGUACAGUGGAACCUCGGUUUAUGAACACCUCAGUUUACGAAUUUUUGGUUUACGAACGCCGCGGACCCAUCUGGAACGGAUUAAUCCACUAUCCAUUACUUUCAAUGGGAAAGUUCACUUCAGUUUAUGAACGCUUCAGUUUAUGAACAGACUUCCGGAACCAAUUACACCCAUGCUUCGGGUUAAGUAUGCUUCAGGUUGAGUACUCCGCGGACCCGUCUGGAACGGAUUAAUCCACUUUCCAUUACUUUCAAUGGGAAAGUUCGCUUCAGUUUAUGAACGCUUCAGUUUAUGAACAGACUCCCAGAACCAAUUGUGUUCAUAAACCGAGGUACCACUGUACUGUAAGUUUGAUUGAAUUCAGAUUUUUUUUAUAAAAAAAAUACUGUUUCCUAAUCUUAGAAUUAUUUGAUUCUAAUGGUAUGUUUGGCUUGGCUCAGGUUGGUGGAUACCAGGGGUCCUAGUAAAAAAAAUAAGCUUGAAGUCUGACCAUCCCUGACAUCAAUUACAACGGGGAAAAUAUUUCCCCCAAUUUAAUUAUUCCAAUAAAUCAGUAGAGGUCAGUACAAGCUUCCUUUGAGCACUCUUCGCACUGAGCAGCUCUUGUCAACAAUCACCUUCCAUCUAAGGAACCCAAAACAUAGUUUGGGGGCCUCUGGGGUUGAGGAUGUGCAUGCAAUAAUGCCAGCUUCAAAUAAUUUUUUAAGCAGCACUCUCUUAAAAUGUAGUACAGGAAUGUCACCCAAAGGAACGGAAUUUACAACAAUCACUUCAUCUGCAAAUAACCCUAUUCUUCCUCAACAGCUUUGCGUUAUGAUACAUGGGUAUGUGCUUUUUUGUGUGGGGGAGAGGGGUAGAAAUGAUAUGUUUUAGAAUUUUAAUAAGAAAGCUGCCCUUGGCAGAGAAUCAUUUGGAAAGGUGGUUUAUUAUAAAGGGUUUUAAAUGAGUAAAAUACUUAAGUGCUUCAAACGUCAAAGCCAGCUCCUGGAAACUAAUCAGAAACCAGUGCAGAUCACAUAAAACAAGCAUGGCAGUAUUAACCACCAGCCCCCUGGCUACAGCUUUGAGCAGAAACUGCAGUUUAAACUUCUUUUUCCUUUAAGAGCAGCCACAUGAAUUAGUCCAUGAAUAUGGCAUGACUGGCAAGGCUGUUUGGAAGGGCUGUACAGAAUUCUGCAAGCCAGCCGUGGCUGGGGGGAAAGCAGCACUUGCUACUGCAGUCUCUUCCACAUUUAGCAGAAGCAUCAGAAUAACCUCAUCAGAAGCUCAACAAUGAGCUGGUUUACAUGUAACUCCUUUUAUUGUGUUGCUCAAGAGUGAAGCCAUGAUUUGGCUUGGCAUGUGUGACGAAAGUCCUCUACUUUCCGUCUUUAUUGUACAACCUACUUCUCAGAUUGUGCAAGGCUUUAAUGGGGAUGUCCUGAGGUAAAGUUCACCUCCCACUAUCCCAGUUAUUCUCCUUAUAAACCCCCUCACAACGCUUGGAGUUUAAAGGUAAAAUGAAAGUGCUUUUCCAGCCCAAAACGUGGCACGGUUUCUUUUAAGCUCUGAGGGGAAAUACGAGACUAUUAUUAAUGUACACAACAGUAAGGGGUUCUCCUCACUCGAGCUUUUCCCCCACUCGAAGCUUUCCUCCCACCUGAGGAAACUUUGUGUCACCCUUGAACCAGUCUCCCUUUUCCUCCUCCUCUCGGUGCACUCAAGGGACAACAACCUAUCCUUUCUGCCUUAGAUAAGGGGUUUUGUCCUUUUAAUGAGUAUCCCCACCAGAUGAGCAAUAGAUACCUCUGCUGGAAAGAACACACAGACGAUGGUACGGAUGGAACUUUAAUUUAACAUUUAAUGUCUUAUGAACUUAACGGUUGCAUUCAAGGUUCAUGUGUACAAGCAUGUGGUUUCAAUGGAACUGUUCUUGUUAAACAUAUAACUUCAAACCUCACUAAUUCCUCACCUAACACUACUCUAUAAACCUAUUCUACCAUCACCCACGCUCACACUCUCCUGCUUCAUCUCCCUCUCUCUCCCCAACUGUCAACUGUCACUAACUGCCGUUUUUUCUCCUCAUAGAAUGUUCGUAACCCCGCCCCCACAAGCAUGUGACGUAACUCAGGGUAGGAGAUGCAUUAACCCUUAUACAUCCAGGCUGUGACCAAAUACAGUAUAUCCAAGGGUUAUUUCGUUACAGCAUGCCAUCCAAACCCAGGCUUGUGGUCUUUCUCCUUCAGACCAACAGAAACUCUAAGCCCAAAACUAAACCACAAGCCAGGGUUGGGUGGCAUGGUAAGCCAGGACUGGAGGGCCACAUUUUUUUCUAAGCAACCUGCUGGGCCCCGCAUGCCAGUGGUGGGUGGGGUCAGAGGCCAAAGUGAGUGGAGCAAUAAUGUGAAUUUUGUCUUUGCGCUGUAUGCUAGUUUCUGCACACAUUAUGUGUGAAUGCUCUCAACGUGUUCAGUAUCACGACCAGUGUGUAUGCAUGAAAAGCGGAAAACCUUGAAUGGGCAUGUCUUUGUCUUUGGCUGGAGAAGCUUUGCUUGGACUUCAUUAACAAAACGGCACCAAACUGGCACAACACUUGGGCAGCAGUUUGCAAUCAAUCAGACAAGAUUGGAUUCUGGGGUGGCACAAAACGUUGGGUUUGCAGCACAAAACGAGCUCAAAACUUUGGCACCUGUUUAGAGUCAAUCGGACAAGGUUGGAUUUUUUUGGCAUUAACUUGUGACCCCAAUUUUCUGUCUCAAUUACUCGGUGGGGGGGGGCAGCACAAAAUGUGGGGUUCGCAGCAUGAAACCAGCAGUAAAGUUUGGCAUCAGUUUGGGGGAUCUGGAAUUUUGGAGUCGCACAUUAAUGAAGCUCUUUGAGUGUUUCCCUUCUAGAAGGAGAACUCUGCCAUUUGUGCACAACAGGAUACUAUGCUUUCAUACAUAGGUUUUUUGAAAAUAGUUUUAGGAUCUACAUCAAGUGUAAGCACUAGUUAGCAAAUAUGGUUUGCCUUUGUUUCAGCACAGCUGCUGAUUUCUCCUGAAUCAGUUAAUGAAGCAUUUUAAAUCAGAAACCUGGAAUUGAUUACAGAGUUUUUAUUUCAGUGACCUCACCAACAGCCCACUGCCCUGUCUAACACUACUUAACACUGGAAGGAGUGCAUUUUCUCUCUGGCUCCUCCCUUUAAAAUAAAAACUUCUACAGAUUGGGCGUUCCAAAUGUCCAGAUUUAGUACUCCAGUGUCAUUGGGGCAGUCGUGAAUUACAUACAUUGCCUUGCAGCCUAUUUCCCACCUUACAAGGUGUGAGGGCUUAUUUUAUUACAGCUACUAAGAAGCAAUUUCUUCUUACACAAACAUGCAGCAUUGCAGCAAGCACAUUCAUCUGUGAUUAAAACCAACUAUGUGUGUGGGUGGUUGUGGAGGAGAGCUCAGUAUCAUCUCUCGUGUCUCAUUUUUAACCAACCAGCUUAUUCUUAAGGAAGAAAACAAACCUCUCUCGCUAGAGGAUGGAGGAGGGUGUUCAGAAUCUAUUAUGUCAUCAUUCUGGUCUUUUGUUGCUGCUCCUGCAAGGGGGUGUGUGCACCUAUGACAAAUUAGGAGCACAAAAGGAUGAAUUUUAAAAACCCAACUGCACAAUGAAGAAAAGACUCAUUUCUCUGAAGUUUAUUGAGCGGCUUUCCUGUGUAGAGCAUAAACCAUAUUAUCACACGAAAUGAAAAAGGGGUCUGCACUCAGAAGCGGGUCAGUGUUAAAUAUGCGUAGGAUAGCACAUCUUGGUGAUUCAUCUCCAUGCUGGGAAAAUCCCCACAUUUGCUGUUCAAUAUGCUGUUAAGUACACAUUUGAACCCUACCUGAAGAAAGAAAGAUGGCCACGGGCCACGAUAUCCUGUGCAAGUGGUCAACCAGAAGCAUGAUAAACUCUCUGUAUUUGUGUCAUUUGAUCCUUCAGCAAGCCCUCAGUUUCAAUAGCUUUGGUCAAAGCAGUCCUGUGGUUCAAAGAAAGCCUCAGGCUUUAUCGGCAAUCUCAACAGUCAUGUUCCCUUGAAUUCUUAGUGGAAAACAGUGGCUCUUGACAGUCAAAUAGGGUCCAUCAUAGACUGCAAGGCAAAGGACAAGGUGGAAUCUCUUUCUCUCUCCCAUGUCCCACUGAGCAUAUAGAAGCUGACAGGACUGGCUCUUGAAUCUUGCUGCUAGGACUGAGGGCAGCAGGCAAGGUUAGGGGGCUCAGGGUAGUCCCCCACACACGUACCUUGCUACCUGCUGACUAUUGUAUACGAUAUCUAGGUCUUUUUAAAGCAAGGACGGAACCUCAAAGCCACAGUCCAGCUGCCUACCCUCCAACAUUUGCCAAUGAAAAUAGGGAUGUCCUGCCGCUGUGGGUUAAACCACUGAGCCUAGGGCUUGCUGAUCAGAAGGUCGGCGGUUCGAAUCCCUGUGACGGGGUGAGCUCCCGCUGCUUGGUCCCAGCUCCUGCCAACCUAGCAGUUCGAAAGCACAUCAAAAUGCAAGUAGAUAAAUAGGAACCGCUACUGCAGGAAGGUAAACGUCGUUUCCGUGUGCUGCUCUGGUUUCACCAGAAGCGGCUUUGUCAUGCUGGCCACAUGACCUGGAAGCUAUACGCCGGCUCCCUCAGCCAAUAACGCGAGAUGAGCGUGCAACCCCAGAGUCGGUCACGACUGGACCUAAUGGUCAGGGGUCCCUUUACCUUUACCUUUAUUCCACCAUAAUAAAACAAUUUUAUUAUUUAUACCACACCCAUCUGACUGGGUUGCCCCAGCACCUCUGGGUAGCUUCCAACACAUAAUAGCCUACUGCAUAACAUUAAAUUCAUAUUUUUUAAAAGUUUCCUACUACAGGGCUGCCUUCAGAUGUCUUCUAAAGGUUGUAUAGUUACUUAUCUCCUUGACUCAGGGGUCGCAUAACUCCAUAUCCUCCAACAUUUCUCCAACGAAAAUAGGAACAUCCUAAGGGAAAGCGGGACACUCUGGGGUCAGAUCAGAAACUGGGAUGGCUUCUGUAAAUCGGGAACUUUCCCAUGGAAAAUAGGGACACUUGGAGGGUCUGCAAGCACAGCCUCAAGCAGCUGCCUCUCUUAGCUCAAGGCUGGGCAACAUUUUCUUAAAAUAGAGGCCCACAUACAUUCAGGAGUGAUCUGCCUUGGGCCUCAUGGUGACUGUGGGCAAGGCCAAAGCCAAGAGUGUGGGGGGCCACCCCUGGCUCCCUCUCUUCCUCUCUCCACCCAGCGGGCUGUUGGGAAAGGGAUCGAUUGCUUUUGGACUGGACUGCCAGUUUGCAGAUGGCCCGUUGUGGGCCAUCAGCUGUGACAAAUGUCAUUUUAAGGUCAGGUGACAUUCUUAAUAGGAUGACCAGAGAAGAAAAUGUCUGCCAUCCACUUUUAACUACUACAAAGCUUCUCUGCCUCCAUUUAAGCUAGUGGACAAAACAGGCCCCCAAUUCAUGGGUCUUGAAUAAAAUGGGGGAAGUGAGUGAGGCAAAAUAGUUGCAAAUACCGCCACAUGUCUACAGAAACCCAAAUUCGGACUUCUUAAACCUGCAGGGAAGAAAGUGCUUCAUGAUCUCUGACGGCCUUCCUGUGGAGCUACCAUUUCAGUUCUGUAGCUAAGAAACGGGCCCAUUUCUCUGUGUGACUUCGAACGGCCAGAGAUGUUUGAACAAGCUAGCCAGCACCGUUUCGUUUGAAAGCUUUGCAGAGGGAGACCCUUUCAUGAGCCUUUUUCAAAGGAAGAAAGAAAAAUCUAUAGUUGUGUUGUACUUGUGCGUAUAGGGAAUCCUGCAGAGCCUUAUCUAAAAGGCUUCUUUUUUCCCUAAACAUAAUGCUUCUUGACAAAUUUGUUGUCGAUUUUAAUCCUCUUCAGCCUCCCCUCCCUCUGAAUGAGACUUGUAUUAAUGCAAAAGACAGAUGACUAGAGUUAUCUUGACUCCCUGUUUUUCGCUGAAACUAGGACUUGAGGAAGACUAUCCACAGGGCAUUGUAGAUGAUGCAGAUAAGUUGCCAUGGUAGCAAAGGAAGAGUCCCCAGGCUCCUGGCCUAAUGACGAAUUCUCCAUGGCAUGGGGGAAGGGGGGGGCUCUUCCUAAUAAGCAGAGAGGGAUUAGAAAUGGGUUUUCUGAGU